CUCAGUCACACACUUAUCUGUCACACAGUCUCUGUCAUACAGUCUCUGUCCCACAGUCUCUGUCCCACAGUCUCUGUCCCACAGUCUCUGUCACACAAUCACUGUCACACAGUCUCUGUCACACAUUCUCUGUCACACAGUCUCUGUCACACAUUCUCUUUCACACAGUCGAUUUCACACAGUCACUGUCACACAGUCACUGUCACAUUCGUUGUCACAUAGUCUCUGUCACACACUCACUGUUAGCUUGCUUUAUUUCAUAGGUGAGUCAUCGGACUGCUUCGCUUACGUCAUUUUGGUGGAACUUUUUCCUCAUCCAUUUGUUUUGUAAAACAAAAUACCUUUCUUUCUUAAAAAAAAAAAUGGCGCUAGUGUAUAGUCUUGUCGUUGAGAAGCUUGAUAAAUGAGUCUCAAAGAAUUCGUAUUCUUUUUCUUCAGUUUCCGAAAUGUCCACCAACGACUUGAAAAAGGAAAUGACGCUUCCGGACGUGAUUAUCCGGCGGGCCCGGAGAGAGGAUUAUGACGACGUCAUGAGUAUCGGAGAUGUGUACUGCGGCAGGGAUUACCUCCCUUCAACUUUUCUGUGCGCAUUGGAGGACCCGGACAUAUACCCCUUAGUGGCAGAAGCUGUUGGUCACGUGGUAAGUUUUAAUACAUCCGAUCUGUUUCCUAGAAAUAAGCACCAAAUCUUCAGAAAACGUGUGAUUUUUUUAUUUUUUUUUUGGUUUUUUUUUUUUACUUUUUAAAUUGCUUGAAGUAAAAAUUGAGGGACCCAUCACAGUGGCGUUGGGGGAGAGGGGGUCCAUCUGGGGGAGAGGGGAUCCACCUGGGGGAGAGGGGUCCACCUGGGGGGAGAGAGGUCCACGGGGGGAGAGGGGUCCACCUAGCGAGGCACUUUUUUCUUUAUACUGAGGGGGUGGCAUGUUGGACCAACUGAAAAAAAUUAUAAUUUGCGGAAAGGGACGGCAAAAGCCUUGGCCUGCCCCGGCCUCGCCUUUGGAGAAUCAUCGACUCACAACUGCAAUCUUGUUAACCGAAAAUAUGACAUGAUAAAGUUAUGCAGCCAAACACUUUUUUUUUAAAUUGUUGGUCACGAUUAAGAAAAUUAACAGCAUACAUUCCCAUGAAAAUAUGUCCAGGUGUCAGGCGUGAAUCUCAAUGGGGGUCAUAAUAUGGGCUGUUAAUUUUAUACUUUUUUUUCCCUCUGAUUUGUGCGGGAAAGAAUUCAUUUUCAACGUCCAGCAGUUAAUUUAAUUUGGUUGUCUUCACCUUGCAUACACAAAAAAAUGAUAUGUCUUUUUUAGAGCUUUCCCAACUUUGUAUGCCCAAUGUUGAAGGCGUCCGUGACGCACACGGAGACUGUCAUUUUAUAGAGAGGCAUGAAACCUGGCUUUAUCAGUGCAAUUACGUCAAAUUUAUCGGUUCAAGACGAACCACUAAACGUGUAAAAUCUUAGAUUAUGUUGAGAUAUAAUGUAUCCAGGUACAUUUUAACUGUUUCUUCUGUAUUCAAGUGUGUACCACAUGUGACACAAAUGUAUCAAAUCUUCUUAAUUGUAUUGAUAUUCCCUGUUUUACUUCUCUUGGCUAAAUCAUACACAAGACUUUCACCCCUUUCUAAAAUAAAAUAAAGUUAUGUUUUUGCACACUUCUCGCUCUCUCUCUCUCUCCCUCUCUCUCUCUCUUUCUCUCUCUCUCUCUCUCCCCCUCUCUCUCUCUCUCUCUCCUCCCUCCCUCCCUACCCCUUCAUCCAUCUUUCUUUCUCUCCUCCCUCCGUCCUUUAUCUCUCCCCUUCUCUCUUCCUCCCUCUCUCUCUUCCUCCCUCAUAUGGGAAAACGUUAUAGAAUAAAAUAAAAUCUUAUUUUAGUUAUGAAAAUUCUAUGUAUGUUUUUAAUUUCUCUCUCUCUCUCUCUCUCUCUUUCUCUCUCUCUCUCUCUCCCCCUCUCUCUCUCUCUCUCUCCUCCCUCCCUCCCUACCCCUUCAUCCAUCUUUCUUUCUCUCCUCCCUCCGUCAUUUAUCUCUCCCCUUCUCUCUUCAUCCCUCUCUCUCUUCCUCCCUCUCACCCUCAUUGUCGCUCUCUCCCUUUCUCUCACCCUCUAUCUCUCUUACCCUCUAUCUCUCUCAUUCUCUCUAUAUAUAUAUGGAAAUGUUACACCAUAUACAUCUAGAUAAUGCAAAAUUGUUUUUCUGGACAUUUUGUGUUGUAAUUAGACAAGAAUACACUGAUGUCUAAAGGAAUUUCCCCAAUAGAUUGGUUUCUACAUGAAUCACAUACUUGACAACGGCCUAUCGGUCAUCAAGCGUGACGGGAGAGUCCACAAUGACUACAGGGGACUUGGCAUAUUCCAUUUGAUGUCAGACGGACUAGACAAGGAUGUGGAAGAGCGACACCCCGGAGUGAUGUACAGACUGAUAUGUGCGGGGGAGGCAGCCGCUGUGAGGGGUGUUAAAGAAUUCCAAGAAACGGGAUUCCUAGAAGUGAUUAAAAAGGUAAGGUCAAUUAUUUAUAAAUUUUAAUAUGGGCUCCGUUCAUAGUUGAUGCAAGAAGCGCAACUUCAUAUCUCAGCCAUAGAUAUUGUUAUUUUUAUGGGUUGUUAUCAAAAAAUGAAAAUAGAACAAUAUACCUUCAGUUUUUACACUGACAUGUGUAUUUUAUACCAAAGACAGAUAUGAUAACUAAUGUUAUCAAUUUAUAGAAGGAAAAAAUGUUACAUGAAUUCAAUAAGCUUGCAUAGAAAGUUAACACAUUGGGUGAUUACAUUGAUAGUUGACACAUUGAUAGUUGACACAUUUGAUUAUCACAUUGACAGUUGAAAAAUUGGAUUAUUACAUCGAUAGUUGACAAAUAGAUUCAUUACAUUGAAAAUGUUUGAUAGUUGACACAUUGGAUUAUCACAUUGAUAGGUACACAUUGGAUUAUCACUUGGAUAGGUACACAUUGGAUUAUCACAUUGAUAGUUGACACAGUGGAUUAUCACAUUGAUAUUUAACACAUUGGAUUAUCACAUUGAUAUUUGACACAUUGGAUUAUCCCAUUGAUAGUUGACACAUUGAAUUAUCACAUUGAUAAUUUACAAAUUGGAUUAUCACAUUGAUAGUUUAAACAUUGGAUUAUCACAUUAAUAUUUGACACACUAGAUUAUUACAUUGAUAGUUGACACAUUGGAUUAUCACAUUGAUAUUUGACACAUUGGAUUAUCACAUUGAUAGGUAAGACAUUGGAUUAUCACAUUGAUAUUUGACACAUUGGAUUAUCACAUUGAUAUUUAACACAUUGGAUUAUCACAUUGAUAUUUGACACAUUGGAUUAUCACAUUGAUAGUGGACACCUUGGUUUAUCAAAUUGAAUGUUGACACACUGGAUUAUCACAUUGAUAAUUGACACUUUGAAUUAUCACAUUGAUAUUUGACACAUUGGAUUAUCACAUUGAUAGUAGAGACAUUGGAUUAUCACUUUGAUAGGUACAUAUUUGAUUAUCACAUUGAUAGUUGACACUUUGGAUUAUCGCAUUGAUAGUUGACACUUUGGAUUAUCACAUUGAUAGUUGACACAUUGGAUUAUCACAUUGAUAUAUGACACAUUGGAUUAUCCCAUUGAUAGUUGACACAUUAGAUUAUCACAUUGAUAUUUGAUACAUUUGAUUAUGACAUUGACAUUUGACACAUUGGAUUAUCAAAUUGAUAGCUGAUUAGGGGUCGCAGAACCGGUCCCUUUUGCCAAAAUCGGUAUUUUCGAUAUUGAAGUUUACAAAUACCGGAAUCCCGGUAUUUUCAAUAUUUUCGAUAUUUAGAGAGUUUUUAGUCGUGAUUCGAGAUUACAGGUAAGGAUUUAUCAAUAAAAUGAAAAAAAAAAAAAAUUAAAAUAUCACAUUUUUAUUUCUAAUAAGCUUUUAAACACGCGUUUAUCUUCACACUUUAUUUAAACUAAAAAAAAUAAUAUUCUUAACUUUUUUAUUUAAAUUGUUUUAUUAAUAAAAAAAAUUACAAUAAUUGGUGCUGUUUUAACCUUUUGUCCAAUUGAAGUAAUGAGAUCGUGAGAUGGACAACGUGUCUAAUGUUUGGUCACUCAACAUUGACCGCAAAUGGUUGCAAAAGUAACCAGAUGAAGAGAACACCCGCUCUGACUCCCCAUUGGUCGGAGGAAUAGACCUUAGGCUAUCAUAAGCAAUUUCUAGCUAUUUUCCUCUUGUCUCGCCAUUCUCAAAUAAAGCCAUUUCAAAAUUUACCAAUGUAUCCAUGUCUUCAACCGUUGCUCUGGGAGCAUUAUCCUGAGCCUGUAGUUUCUUUUGUAUUUCAAUUUCUCAUUGUCUGUUAAGCGGCAGUAUGUCGUCAAGUUCGUCAAGCUCAGAUCCAAGUUGUUCAAUUUCAUUGUUCGUAGAUAUUUCCAACGAGGAAUCCGCUUUCUCAACAAGCUUUUAAAUAUCCACGAUAUGUUUUCGAAUCUGGUCGCAAUCUGGCCUUAGAAAUACAUAUAAUUAGUCACUUGAACGUGCAGACUUUAAAUGAGAGUCAAGGCCUAAAGUUUUACCUUCCAAUGUUUUAAGUAUCUUGUUACACCUAAUACAUUUAGCUGAGAGAUUGUCCGUAGCUUUCAAGAAAUGAUCCCAAACUGAGUUCUUUGUUUCAGAUAGUUUCAUAUGCUUUUCAAAUUUAAGUUUAUUUUUUUCGAGGUCCCCAUUUCUUUCCAUCAACUUGGGAAAAUAAAUCAUUAACAAAAUAUUAUUAGUUCAAUCGGAUUGGUUUGACGUGUAAAACUUUUUUUUUUAAUGUUUAAAUUGCCAUGCAAAUGUUUGGUUAAGUACGGUACAGAACAAUUGGGACAUUCAGUCAUGUAAAUGUUUGGUUAAGUACGGUACAGAACAAUUGGGACAUUCAGUCAUGUAAAUGUUUGGUUAAGUACGGUACAGAACAAUUGGGACAUUCAGUCAUGUAAAUGUUUGGCUAAGUACGGUACAGAACAAUUGGGACAUUCAGUCAUGUAAAUGUUUGGUUAAGUACGGUACAGAACAGUUGGGACAUUCAGUCAUGUAAAUGUCUGGUUAAGUACGGUACAGAACAAUUGGGACAUUCAGUCAUGUAAAUUUUGGCUAGGUAAGGUACAGAACAAUUGGGACAUUCAGUCAUGUAAAUUUUGGCUAGGUACGGUACAGACAAACUGGGACAAAAUAGUCAAAAUAGCUCGAAAAUAAAUUAUGAGGUGAAUAUAAAUUAUUAAUAUUGUUAUCACAAAAUAGAAGUAACAUAAUUGUCUGUGUCUUAAACAUAAGGCAUUUGAUUAUCAAAAUACGGAUUUCCUCAUAUAUUUUUUAAAUAUGUAGGUCUUUUGGCAUAAUUAAAAGAAAACAAGCACUCAAAAGAAAAUAAUUAAAAGUUGACACUGUGAUUUGAGUGCAACAUGUUAUUAUUUCCAAACAAACUCUUAAUGGAAGUAAAAACUCGAUCUUCACUCGACUAUACAAAUCACUUAUUUGUCAAUAAUAUGAAAACAUUUAAUUGCCAAUCCUGUUCUUCACGUCGUGACUCCUCGCUACUUACACAUUACACACGCACGAUGUAAAAAAAAAAAAAUAAUAAUAAUCAGAACGUUACGCUUCUUGACAAAUAAGAGUACACAGAUCCAGCCCGUCGGUCGGCUCUCUUUGAACUUGAGACUCGUGGUGUGAGGGGUUUGCAAAUCUCAUAAAUUAUUGAUAUGUCUUGUAAUAUCUAUGACGUGGAAACUAAGCAAAACGAUUUUUUUUUUAAAUUGAAAAUGAAAUCUCGGGAUUAUCGAAAAUCCCGGUUUUCAUAAAUACAAUCCCGGUUUUCAUAAAUGCAAUCCCGGUUUUCAUAAAUACAAUCCCGGUUUUCAUAAAUACAAUCCCGGUUUUCAUAAAUACAAUCCCGGUUUUCAUAAAUACAAUCCCGGUUUUCAUAAAUACAAUCCCGGUUUUCAUAAAUACAAUCCCGGUUUUCAUAAAUACAAUCCCGGUUUUCAUAAAUGCAAUCCCGGUUUUCAUAAAUGCAAUCCCGGUUUUCAUAAAUACAAUCCCGGUUUUCUUAAAUACAAUCCGGGUUUUCAUAAAUGCAAUCCCGGUUUUCAUAAAUGCAAUCCCGGUUUUCAUAAAUACAAUCCCGGUUUUCAUAAAUACAAUCCCGGUUUUCAUAAAUGCAAUCCCGGUUUUCAUAAAUACAAUCCCGGUUUUCAUAAAUACAAUCCCGGUUUUCAUAAAUGCAAUCCCGGUUUUUUCGAACAUCAAAUAUGGUCCGGUAUUUUCAAAUUUAGGGAUCCCGGAUUGCGACCCCUAUAGCUUACACAUUGUAUUAUCACAUUGAUAUUUGACACAUUGGAUUAUCACAUUGAAUGUUGAUACAUUGGAUUAUCACAUUGAAUGUUAACACAUUAAAUUAUCACAUUUAUAGUUGACACAUUGGAUUAUCCCGUUGAUAGUUGACACAUUAAAUUAUCACAUUGAUAGUUGACACAUUGGAUUAUCCCGUUGAUAGUUGACACAUUAAAUUAUCACAUUGAUAGUUGACACAUGGGAUUAGUACAAUGAUAGUUGAAACAUUGGAUUAUUACAUUGAUAGUUUAUACCUUGGAUUUACACAUUGAUAGUUGACACACUGGAUUAUCAAAUUGAUAAUUAGCACAUUGAAUGAUCACAUGGAUAAUUGACACCUUGGAUUAUCACCCUGACAGUUGACACACUGGAUGAUCACAUUGACAGAGUUAACACACUGGAUGAUCACAUGUAUAAUUGACACCUUGGAUUAUCACAUUCAUAGUUGACACAUUUGAUUAUCAAAUUGUUAGUUGACACCUCAUAUUAUCAUAUUGAAAUGAUCAUAGUAUUUCCAUUAAUUUUUUUUUUACUUUAUUUUUUAGCCCGUUCGGAGUUUGUCGUACAGCGUGAAAGAUUUGGUCGGGCUUGACACACCUAAGGACCUGACACACGUCAUCCAGCUGACCCAUGACGACAUGCGAGAUAUUUUUUCAAUGGACGAUGUCGUUGAGAAGCUCUUCCCGGAGAAACGCAUCUUGAAUUUUUUCAUUGGCUACAGAUGCGUGGAGGACAACAUACGUCACUUCAUUGAAGACCGGAAGGAAGUGUUUGCAACGACAUCGCACGCUCAACAACUCGGAGAUCCGCCGCAACGUGGGCGGACCCGGGACGCCCUCAAAGAGAUUGACAUGGUCUCUUUUUCAGUGCGCUUCCCAGGAACCCGAGGUCUCAUGUACGUCAUCGACAUCUACGCCAAAGACGGAAGCGGUCACGCGGCGUUGGAUGAUCACGUGACGCGUCACCUUCGCUCGAUGAAGAGCGCCACGCAGGACGGCGGCGUGCUGUUCAUCACGUUUGGGAACAACGUGCCCGAGGCCGAGGUCCUGUCUUGUCUGAAGAGGCAUGGCAUUUCGGAAUUGUACCCGGGUGUUGAAAGCUGGAAGGCUUUAUACGAGAAAAAAGUCCGAUAACUGCUUCGUGCAAAAGAACUCGUGUCUGUGACGUGUGAUCAUCAAAGAGUUAUGUGUAUCAUUAAGAUGGAUUUGGUAAAAUGAUAUUGAAAAUGUAUUCAAGAGAGUCAGUGUACUUGCACAUGAUUGUUUUUAUUUCUUAAAAACGAAACGUUUAAACUUAGAAUGAAUUCUCAUUGAUUCCACUGGAUGAACAUCAUCGGGUCGAAGGUGAAGUGAAGAAUAGUGUGACUAUUUAGGCCUACACUAUUUCUAAGGGAUGAAUUCUGGACAGGAAAACCUCAUUGUGAAGUGGGCUGUGGGUGCGCAGGUGGAAGAUGACACCGAUUCAGGCACGAGUUAUAAUUUUUUAUAAUGUAGGCACGGUCCACUGCGGGGUCGUCAUUGGUGUUUGAGGUCCUCUGCGCAAUGGAGAUACACGUUUAACUAAACAAAUCACAAACGCGACUUGUAAUGUGAGUGGAAUGCAAAAAGUGGUUUAAGCGUACCUGCUCAGCGAUCAAUAGUUGAUUAGAUUUCAAAUUGUUCAGUCACCUUCAAACAACUCUUCGUUUGUCACUAAAGACUGGCGCGGGGGUACAGGACAAAGCUCCAAUGUUGUUCAAGUAACUUACAUGGCGUACGGAAUUGCUGUUAUGGGGAGGUUACGUUUAAUGGAUUCUCACAUCUUUAAGAUAGAAGAGAUUGUUUCUUUUAUAACAUAAUUUUAUGUUUCGGGCCUAGGGAUGUGUUCAUAGAUGACAUUCGUGGGCCCCCUGUGGUGGUAGGGAGGCAAUGUUAAUAGGAGUGGGAAAGAGUUAGGAAAAAGCAGUUGAAAGUGAAAUAAUGAAAGAGGAAAGUUCGAAGGUUACAAGAGAUCAGGAGACGAUAGUUGACCAGUUGAUAUAGAAGUAGUUAAGACGAUACUCUUGAACAGUUAUGAAACAGUCUUAGCUAUAGCGAUACAAAAAUAUUGUUGAAAGUUGGCGGGACCAACAGAGGAGGUUUUUUACAUCUAAAAUAAACACACACUAUUACAUUAUCUUGACACAUG